AUGGUGAACAUGAGGAAGGUGACUCACCGGGCCAUCAGUGAGGAGCUCUCCCACACGGUGAUGCUGCCCUGCCUCUUCACGCUGCGGAGCUCCGCGGGUCUGAGCAGCCACGAGCCGCCCAGGAUCAAGUGGACCAAGGUGUGGGGGCAGCGGGGCUCCGACGGCCAGCAGAAGGAGCAGGCGGUCCUGGUUGCCAAGGACAACGUGGUGAAGGUGAAGAAGGCCUUCCAGGGUCGUGUCACCUUGCCGGGUUACCACGUCAACCGCUACAACGCCAGCCUGGCGCUGAAGGGCCUGCGGUCGAGUGACUCUGGCCUGUACCGCUGCGAGGUAGUGGUGGGCAUCAACGACGAGCAGGACACUGUGCCUCUGGAGGUCUCAGACAACCCAGAAAACUUGGCCUCGCUUGGGAUCAGCUCCUCAUUGCCCCUCUCCCCCCUCUCCUCAUUGCCACCCCCCACCUCCCCCGUCCGUGUCUCCAUCCCUUCCUUGUGUCUCGGGGGGGCCUCUGUCACUCUCCUGCACAAAGCUGUGUGGCCGCAAAGCAGCGCUGGCUCUCAGAGGCCUCUGGGGGUCCUCAGGGGCCCGUGUGAACGGCAGCCAGGGGUCAGAGGUCGGCGUGGUCGUGUGGCGAAGGGGGAGGAGACGCUGGACACUUCAAACGCCGCGCAUGGCGUGGUCUUCCACUACAGGGCGCCGCACGAGCGCUACGCCCUGACCUUCAGCGACGCCAAGAGGGUGUGCACGGAGAACGCCGCCGUCAUCGCCACCCCAGAGCAGCUGCACGCCACCUUCGCCGACGGCUACGACAACUGCGACGCCGGCUGGCUGUCCGACCAGAGCGUACGGUAUCCCAUCCAGUCGCCUCGGCCCGGUUGCUACGGCGAUCGCGAGGACUCUCCCGGAGUCCGUAACUAUGGCGUCAGGUCCCCCGAAGAGCUGUUUGAUGUCUACUGCUUCGCUAAGCAACUACAGGGUGAGGUGUUCCACUCGGCGACGCCUGAGAAGCUGAACCUGGCCUCGGCCUCCACCCAUUGCCAGACGCUGGGCGCCCGGCUGGCCACGGCGGGCCAGCUGUACCUGGCCUGGCAGGCGGGCCUGGACCGCUGCGACCCGGGCUGGUUGGCGGACGGCAGCGUGCGCUACCCCAUCAACGUGCCGCGGAAGCACUGCGGCGGGAACGAGCCCGGCGUGCGCACGGUCUACCACAACGCCGACCGCACCGGCUUCCCGGACACCACGGCGCGCUUCGACGCCUACUGCUUCAGAGCCCAGCAGCAAGCAGGGGUCCAGGCUGUGGAGGCGAGGCCGGCGUACGAGACGACGGACCCAGCCACAGACGCGGCUUCGAGCGCGGCCAGAGGCCAGCGCACCGCCUUCCGGUUCCCCACCUGGGCCGACGCGGACCGAACCGGCUUCCCCUCCAACGACGCUGCGGAUCGAUCGUCUGAGAUCUCAGAGGAACACGUUGUGAUCCACCUGCCGUCUGCUGAGCUGCUCCAGCAGGACCUGGAGCGAUCUGAAGCUCCCCAGACCAGCAGCAGCAUGCUUUCAGAGUUUGUUAACGCCCUGAUGAGACCUUUCAGAUACUUCACCGGAGGCGAGGAGGGGGGUAAGGAGAAGGAGGAGGGCGACGAGGGGAAGAAGGGUGGGUUUGGGGACAAGGAGAGGGGCGCGGAGAACGCCAUCAUGGAGCUCACGGGCGGCUCCUCUUCACCGAAGGUGCCGGCGAACACGCUUCACGGCCCGGGGGAUGGCCUGUCGGAGCUGGAGAGAGAGGUGAUGCCGUCGGUUCCAUUAGUGCCUGCCGACCAGACGCCAUGGCGUGCUGUGGGCACCACUCAGCUCGGAGUAAAAGCUUCAGGCCCGUCCCUCUCCAACACAGACCUCGUGAACCCCAGUCCCGGUGGGAGGGCGAGGCCCAACGAACCGGUCCAGGUCUCCGGUGCCCCGGGUCCGAGAGGAGUGGCGGACACAGCCCCCGUCCCCAGCGGUCGAUUCCGCUGGGCCGUGAACACCGUGCGGGCCUUCAAGCUAGAACCCCCAGGACACGCUGCCACUCACCCGCCGAUGGAGGCCAAAUCUGGGCCACUGGAAGUCAAGUCCCUGGCGUCCUCCAUGCGACAGGACCACCCGGAGGACGACUUCUCUGGGGACGGAAGCCAAGCGACCCCCUGUCCUCCUAAAGGGAGCACCGUGGAGGAGAAGCAGACGGAGGCCAGUGGGGAGGAGGGCGACCCCGCCGGUGUGUUCAAGGCGGAGAGCUACACCCGGGACCGCACCACCGUCAGCCUAGACACCGACUCGGAGGCAGCGGGCCCCAGCAGCGAGCCGGCGAUCCGGGUGGAGGAACACACGACUCUGACGGCUUACCAGCUCGUACAGCAGCCCAGCGCAGGCCCUGAGGAUCCCACCGCCAGGGGCACGGAGCAGGAGGCCCGGGGGGAGAUCCUCUUCGUCCAACGGCCCACCGACAACCACAUGGCCUCCACCUCCAGCAGGAAGGAGGGCAGCUCUACUUCCUGGUUCACCCCCGUGUUCCGGAAGCAGGGGAGGGAUCAGAGCAGGGGCGUAGAGGAGGAGGCCCCGGGUUCCCCGCCCGCCGUCUCCACCGCCGAGGCGUCCGCGGAGCGCCUCGCCACGACCGCCGCACCAACGACGACGACGACGACGACGGCCGAAGAGCCCGGGAUGGAAACGGAGGCGGUCACCGCGGCGACGAGCCCGGGCGGCCGGUCUGCCGAAGAGCUCCCGAUCUCCGUUUCGUGGGUUCGGGCCGAGCGGACGGAGAGGACGGCGACGGACACGGCGUACUCGCGGUCGCGCCAGUCGUCCACCGGCGGCCAGACGUCCCCGACCCCGGACCCGGCGCUGCCGCCCACCAACGUGUCGGACCCCACGGGGGGACGGGUCACUGGGUCUGAGGCCCGGCCCGCGGUGUCCGAGUCCUUCGUGGUGAGCGGUCGAUGGACUCCUCCGGCGAUAAAGACCCCGACUCCCAAAGAGAAGGGGGAGGGGGGCCAAUCAGAGGCGAGGACGACGGAGACCACCGACCAGAACCCGCUCGGUGCCUUCCUGCCUAAUUGGGGCCUGGCAUUCAACCCAUCAGUGGAGAAGGACCCGUGCCAGACCAACCCGUGCCUCCACGGAGGCAGGUGUCUGCAGGAGGGGGACGGCUACAGCUGCUACUGCCCCCAGGGCUUCUCUGGAGAGAGCUGCGAGAUCGACAUCGACGACUGCCAGUCGAACCCCUGCCAGAACGGAGGCACGUGCAUCGAUGAGAUUAACUCCUUCGUGUGUCUCUGUCUGCCCAGCUAUGGCGGCACCACGUGUGAGAAAGACACGGAGGGCUGCGAGCACACCUGGCGCAAGUUCCACGGCCACUGCUACCGAUACUUCAGCCGCAGGCACACCUGGGAGGACGGGGAGAAGGACUGCCGCGAGCACAGCGGGCACCUGGCCAGCGUGCACAGCCUGGCCGAGCAGCGCUUCAUCAGCGGACUGAGCCACGAUAACACGUGGAUCGGGCUCAACGACCGCACGGUGGAGGACGACUUUCAGUGGACGGACAAGAUGGAUCUGCAAUACGAGAACUGGCGCAGCAACCAGCCAGACAACUUUUUCGCUGGAGGAGAAGACUGCGUGGUGAUGAUCGCUCACGAGGGCGGCAAGUGGAACGACGUGCCGUGCAACUACAACCUGCCCUACGUCUGCAAGAAAGGAACAGGAGAGCGUCUUCCGGCUGUGCUGGGUUAA